CCUGAUUUUUGCCUCACGCCCUUGGGAUUCGUGCCAUUGGCGCCAACUUCGCCAUGAAGUUCACGGAGGUGUUAGAGGAGAAUAUGCUCUUAAGAUGGCGUGCCUACUACGUCAACUACAGGGCGAUGAAGUUAUGCAUUGAGGAGAUCGAAGCAGAUCCAUCUUCGUCGAAUGCACACUUCCUCACGAUGCUCAAGAGUAACAUGUUGAAGGCGCUCACCUUCUACGAAAAGACAGAGGAGAAACUUCAAAAAAAGAUUGAACAGCAUCUCGCCACCGAAACAAGGAUGCCAAAGAGCCGAAAAGACCUGGAGCAUGAGGUGAAAGAUUUGCGAUGGUAUGCGCACUACAACAAGGAGGCCAUUCGAAAGAUUGCCAAGAAGUACGACAAACGAUGUGGCAAGUCGAAGACGAUGCAGGCUGAUCUCAUGGAGACUCUGCACCAUUCCUUGAUGGCCAACGCUGAUCAGCGCUGCACCGCAUUGCUUGAAAGCUUGGAGGAUUCUGAGGGCGAGCUGCCCUUGACGCAACCUUUGUUGCGAACCGAGCUGGAUUCGUUGCGCAAGCACUCUCGGGUACUGCAGCCAGUUCUCGAGCGUCACACACGAGAAGGUGACGAGAGUCCCACUGCAGUGGUCCGAAAACCAUCUUCUAUGUCUAACAUCGCAAGUCCCUUAGAUCUGAUUCGCUCAUGGGGCAGCUCCAAAGAGAGCCUGGUCUCGGUUGCCUUGUUCCUUGUAUGCCUUGCACUUGAUCGCAUCCAUCCUCAUACAAAGCCUCAGCUGAAUUCCUAUUCCUAUUUCACUUUGUUUGUCACCUUGGAGUCCCUUUGGCUGCUGCUGAUGCAAUGCCAAGCAGAUGUGGUGCUCAUCAGUGCUACACUGGUCCUAAGGCUCGCCGGGGCUCUGGACAACGACCGAGAUGCAUGGGGUGGCUUUAGC